AUGGAUUGGAGAGUGAGGAGAGUUAUUGCUAGAGGAGAUUAUGUACCUAUGAAAUCCAUUGAAAAUAAAAUUGUUCCUAAAACUGAAGAUGAUUUGAGUGAAGAUGACAUGAAGUUAUUGCAAGUAAAUGCUAGUGCUAUGAAUGUCAUAUAUUGUGCCUUAGAUGCAAAUAAAUUCAAUAGAAUCAUGGCUUGCAAAAAUGCUAAAGGAAUUUGGGAUAAAUUAGAAAUCACUUAUGAAGGAACUACCGAUUUUAAGGAUAGUCAUAUUGAUAUGCUUACUAGUCAAUAUGAAGCUUUCAAAAUGACUCCAAAUGAAUCUAUACAAUCAAUGUACACUCAAUUCACACACAUCACAAAUUCUUUAAAUGCUUUUGUAAAGACUUAUCCUACUUAUGAGAUGAUCAGGAAGGUACUCAGAGGAUUACCUCCAAUUUGGGAGCUAAAAGCAACAACUAUAGCUGAAGGGAGAAACUUGAAAGAAAUGACAUUGGAUGAGCUCAUUGGAUCCCUCAUCACCUAUGAAAUGAUGAUCAAAAAGAGGAUAAAUGAGUAA